AAGAUAUUAUAAUAAAAUACAAAGUGGUAGUAAUUGUUAAUAAUAUUUUUAAAUACACAUUAGAUAUCGAAACGAUAAUAAGAUUACACUAAACUGAAUUAAACAAAGGACACAAUUCAAACAUGUCAAUACAUUCGUCUCGUUCAUUGCCCACAUCUCCUCUGGCGGCAACGGAGCCAAUGGAGCAAAGGCAGAUGUUGCGAGAGGGUCUGAUAUCUCCAAAACCCAAGCAAAUUGUUUUCACAACAAAAUCAGAUCGAUCACCAGCACAGAAAACUAAAAACUUUUUCCGCAAUCGGAUUUGUAUGCUGAACUGGAUCGGAAAGUACAAUGUGGAAUGGGGCAUAAAUGAUGCCAUUGCUGGCAUCACAUUGGGUCUGACCAUUAUUCCCGAAAGUAUCGCCUGUGCUCUACUGGCAGGACUACCGGCUCGUUAUGGUUUGUGUUCCGCCUUUAUUGGUUGCUUUAUUUAUCUAUUCUUCGGUUCUAUCGACAAAGUCAUUAUCGGACCUACCAGUCUUGUGGCGUUGGUCAGCGUUCAAUUUACGGUGGGCAAACCAAUUGAAUUCGCAUUCAUCUUAACCUUCUUGAGCGGCAUUGUACAAUUGAUUAUGUCAGCGCUUCAAUUGGGUUUUAUAUUUGAAUUUAUAUCGACACCUGUUAUUAAGGCAUUUUCAUCAGCAACAGCUAUAUUGGUGAUUGAAUCUCAGUUAAAAGUGCUGUUAGGCAUUAAGUACUUAGUGGCUGGUUUCAUUGAAUCAGUUAGGACACUCUCAAUAAGAUAUCAAGAAGCUAAUUUUGGAGAUUUAGUGAUGGGAAUUAGUGCAAUACUAUUUCUCAUCGGAUUUGAGUUUUUGGAAAAACUAAGUUACAACCCCAAAAUUGGUAAAGUGGGACGCAUAUGUUGUCGCUAUUUGUCUUUUUCUCGCAACACAUUGAUCGUAUUGAUUACUGCGAUAGCAUCGUACAUAUGGCUGGAAGUGGAUACCCAAGUACCAUACGCUUUAAGUAAGAAUGCUCUUUCUGGUUUGCCCAACUUUACGCUGCCAGAUUUUGUCAUAGAAUCCCCAGAGAAGACUUAUAACUUUUGGGAUAUUCUGUCAGAAUUAAAUGUGGGUAUAAUCGUUAUACCAAUAAUUGGCAUUUUAACAAAUAUUUCGAUUGGCAAAUUAACACCUAAGGGCAUGGUGAACAGUAAUCAAGAGUUGGCGACUUUGGGUUUGUGCAAUAUAUUUGGCUCUUGUGUCCAGGCCAUGCCAUCUUCUGGUGCAUUUACGCGAUAUGCCAUCAGUACAGCUUGCGGCCUUAAAACACCGAUGGCCAACUUGUAUUCAGGUCUUGUUGUUUUGCUGGCACUGGGCUAUUUAAGUCCAUAUUUCAAUUAUAUACCAGAAGCUACAUUAGCGGCCAUAUUGAUUUGUUCCUUAUUCACUUUACUGGACUUUAAACUGCCGAUACGUUUGUGGCAUGAAUCGAAACGUGACUUUUGCAUAUGGAUUGUGUGUUUCAUCGUUUGUGUUUUGUGUGGCGUUGAAGUGGGUUUAUUUGUGAGCAUCAUUAUCAAUGUUUUGCAUUUGCUGUUUUUGUGGGCUCGUCCCGAAAUUGCCGUCAAAAUCAAAGAGAUUGAUGAUAUGCAGUACAUAUGUGUUACUCCAGGAAAUGGAAUUUAUUUUCCAGCCAUCAAUUAUUUGCGCGGCAAAGUUCUCAAGGCCGCAGCACAAGCUGAAUUCAAAAUACCCGUUGUCAUUGACUGUCACAAAGUCACUGGUUUAGAUUUUACAGCAGCUCAAGGUUUUGUUAAACUAGCAAGUGGUCUCCGGUCAGAUACAGAUGAAGAACAUGAUGUACCAGAAGAUGGAUGCAGUGGAGGUGAGGCUUUACUCAUUUUAUACCGAAUGGAAGUAUCUUUGCAGAAGAUGAUAGACAAUGUAGAUAACUUGGUGUAUUGUGAGUCGGAAGAAAAAAUUCGCGAAUUCCUAACCCAAGAAUCUUUACGCAAUGGCUACAUUAAUCUUAAGGAGCACAUAAGAGCCUCCAUUGACUUGGGCUAUAAAAUCGAUGUUGAAUAAAUGUCCACUGGGGCAGAAAGGCUGAGCAGAUUUCAAAAGUAACAAGCAAAUCCUAAGUUAUUUUAAUUUACUACAUCAAAUAAAAUAAAUAUUUUUCAUAUUUUUAAA